UAUCUCGCUCUCCUUACAACUCUCUUUCUGCACCUCUCUCUUGCUGCUUUUUCUUCCUUUUCUCUCUCCUUCUCUAUCUACCUACCUCUCUCUCUCUCCCUCUCUGUCUCCCUCCCUUUCUCUCUGUCUCUCUCUGUCUCUCUCUGUCUCUCUCUCUGGAACCGCGUCGGCCUGACUGCUGCUCCUCUUCUUCUCGCCAUGUCCUCAGGCAACAAAUCCUUCAACAUGAUGUCCCCCACGGGAGACAACUCGGAGCUGCUGGCGGAGAUCAAGGCUGGGAGGAACUUGAAGCCCACCACCCACACUAAGGGCUACACCACCGUCUACACCAGCGGCGGACCCCCGGGCACCAACGGAACCCCCGACCCGGAACAGGACGAGGGCACGGAAGCUGCCCCCCCAGAACCCAGCCCCCCAGUGCCCAGCCCCCCGGUCGCUAACCCCCCGCCCCCGGCCGCAGUUAAGGCUCCCACGUCUCCCCCCGCCACGGCCUCCACCAGCCCCACCCGGACGGCCAGCCCCAGCCCGACCCCCAGUCCCACGGGCUCGGGCCAGGGCCGGUCCUCCCCCUCGGGCUCCGUGGUCAACGGCGGGGGCGCGGCGGUCCGGAAGACCAGCCUGGCGGACGUGGAGGCGAUGGUGCCCACCCACGACGAGCAGGGCAAGGCCAUCCCGGAGUGGAAGCGGCAGGUGAUGGUGCGGAAGCUACAGGCCAAGGUGCAGGAGGAGGAGGAGCACCGGCGCAAGGUGGAGGAGGAGGCCACCCGUCUGGCCUCACUGCCAGCCUGGCGGAGAGACGUGAUGAAGAAGAAGAUGGAUGAAGAGAAGCUGGACAGGGAGCAAAAGAGAAAAGAAGAGCAGGAGGCUAAACAAGCCAAGGAGACUGAGGAGAAGACAGAGCAGGAGCGGCUACGGACCCUGGGCUACGACGAGACCAAGCUAGCUCCCUGGCAGCGCCAGAUCAUCCUGAAGAAGGGGGACUUGACUAAAUAGCGACACUCGUUUUUGGCCUUCACCAUCAGGAACAGGACAGUCCGAAGAGCGUAGGACUCCCCCGCUCGGCCGCUGCGGAGACACAAGACGACGACAUCGACUGCUUCGGUUCUAUUCAAAGUCUGGGGAACACUAAACGGUCAGAUAAUUUAGCGUUGAUGCUAGCGGUGUCUAAUUUCUAAAAGUAAAGUAGCUAAUUAUUCUCCUCGUUCUCUCGUCAAGACAUUUGCAGAAAUUGGUAUGCGUCUGAACUAUAUUACGAUUAUCUUUAGUACUGUAAUGACACUUUUAGCCGAUAGAUGCUAGGGCUGUUUUCACAACACUGUUAAUAGAUGGAGUCACACACACACACACACACACACACACACACACACACACACACACACACACACACACACACACACACACACACACACACACACACACACACACACACACACACACACACACACGCACACACACACCUCUACUGUAACCAGAGGCUAGUCUAAAAGCUACAAUUUUGCCAUCAGGAAAAUCUCCUGUUCAAUUUUUGUUUUUCUUCACUCGCCAGUAUACAAGAAAUGUUAAAUCUGUUGUGGAUUAUUGUUGGAAUAAUAAAAGUAAAUAGUUGAUCAAACUCUGAAUGGCAUAAUGUAACAAAACAGCGUCGUUCUAGUGAUAUUUUUGUAUGGAGCUCUAUUCAUAUCCUUAUAAUUUCACUCCACUGCCAGAAACAUAUAUUCUUAAAUGAGAUAUCAUGUGUUCUAUAGACUGUUAUAUCAUGGUAGAUUUGAAAUAGUAAUAAAUCCUAUUUCAAAUCAAUGAAAGAUUGCCAGUCAAAUUAUUUACAAAAGAUAAUUUAGUCUCAUAUAGUAUACAUAGAUCAAUAACUAGGUACUUUAUGCAUCCCAGAGGGGAAAUUAUAAAACUUUUCCUGCAAACAUUUUAUAUUUAAAACCAUUUAGAUGAAUAUUGGAAAGCCACAUCAUUACUUGGAGCCCUGGAAGAGUUUUCUUAAAAUACAAUAAACAUUCACUUAAAUUCAGGAAGCAUCAAACGCAAAAGUCUUUGGACUUUGGACAUCGCACCUGCAAGACAAAUAAUUCAAACUUAGAAAAAGGUCCCUGCUAUUUCCAACUGUCUCAUCCCAUGAAUGACAAAAUGACAUUCCACCAUUAGAGGGCUAACUCCUCCUUCAGUUCGUAUCCUCCAUGACAUUUCUGAGUCAUGUGACUCAACUGCAGAAGAUGUGUUCAAACAAACAAUAUGGCAAAAAGCAAAUGUUUGCAGGGCACGGAGCAGUGCAAUGUGAUGCUGACUGUGUUGGAUGUGUCUUUCUGAAUGUGUUCGUAAAUUCAUGGCAAAACAUAUUAUAUUAUAUAUUUGCUUCAUUGAUGUAUGUCCAUUUUUGUAGUUUAUCCUCCGAGCAUAUCACAUCAUCGUGAAAUUCAUGGUCCUUGUGUGAGUAAUAAUUUGGAAAUAGUCGCUUUCUUUGGAUGCCAUAAUAAUUUCAAAAAUAAAGACUAUCUGAACGUCAA